GAUAUUGACCUAGGUUGCUCUGGUUCUAAGAGGUGGAAUGGUAGGUACCGCGUGCAAUGAGUUCUUGCCUUGAGGAUUAAAACAAGGUAUUGAUCUGACGGAAAGGUCCAAGUUAGAUACAAGUUGAUCUAUGCUCCUGACGACUUUGCUGAUGCACAUAUUAACAAUAAUGGCAGAGGAAAUGGAAACGAAUCCAAAAACAAUUCUUCCCUAACAAGCUGAUUCGGUUAUCACCUUCUGUACCACCCUGGUGGCGAGCGGGUGACUCCUUCCGACCCAUUGAAUGACCCCAUGAUGCUUGUCCUCGCAAGAUCCUCGCGGCUCUAGAUUGAGUACGGGCACCGUUUGCAUCGAGUUUUUGUUGAUCUUUGCUGAAGCUGAGUGGGUUGAGGAGGAAGAAUUCCAGCAGCAGGCCGCAGGAGGAUGGUAGGGGGCUUCUACAGGGACUAUUGGUUUUGAGUUGAGCGUUUCGUGUAGGUGCGGCGAAGACGAAGUCGCCGUGUCAAGAAAGGUGGCAAAGAAUGUUUCUCUGUUCAGACAUUAAGAGAUCAUACAUGAAAAUAGUUUCUCCCUUGAGAAUACGUUGCUAUUGAACGAAGGAGUGACAAGGAGGCGUCAUUAUUUAGGGUAUAUUUCGUGAGCUAGGAGAAUCUGAGAAAUGUGAUAGGAGAUCACUCAUCUCCGAUUUCCAAUAAUAUAAAAAUAGAUAGGCUACGUGAAAUAAAACGAGACAUCCAGCAUGGUCAGCAUCAGGAAACGGCGGCAUGGUGGACUUUCUCCAGACAAAAAAAGUCAAUCACAAGCUUACAGGAAUUCUUCGUAUCCUUUGCCAACUGCUAUUCCGGCAGGCUCUUUGAACACCGACAAGGAUUCAUCACUCAAACAGGAGGUGACCGUAUCAAGAUUUAGAUUUGCAACCCUGCCAGCAAUACCUUCCUUUCGGGAGCUGCAUCAAUUGUACAAUCCAGUUUCUUUACCAAAAGAGAGAGAAGUGAAAAAGAGGAAACGGCAAAGGAGAAAACAUCAGAUGAACCAAGAAUCGUGUGUCAUGCGAGGUGUAUACUUCAAGAACAUGAAAUGGCAAGCUGCCAUAAAGGUCGAGAAGAAACAAGUCCAUUUGGGCACUGUGAGCUCCCAGGAAGAGGCAGCGCGUCUGUACGACCGAGCCGCUUACUUGUGUGGGAGAGAACCGAACUUCGAGUUGACUGAAGCAGAGAAGCAAGAGCUGCAACUUCUGCGAUGGGAGGAGUUCCUGGAGCUAACUCGGCAAUCAAUCUUAAGCAAAAAGCGGAAACGGGGCAAUAAAAAUUCGAGCGGAAAGACUACGCAAGCUGCUUCAUCUCCCAAGGCCCUCAUAUGCUGAUCCUAGUGUGGAUUUCUGUAAAUAAAACCACUGUGUUCAUUGCAGCGUUUCGUGGCUGUCUUGCUUGGCUUGGGCACUUCAGAGUAUAUAAACCCGAGGUCUACGUAGAAUGAUCUCUUGAGACAAAAAUCAGCUGUGGCUUUAGGUCCAGUUAUGUACAAUUCAUGCACAGUAAUAAAAAUAUAAAGUAGAAACAAGUGGGGCUUCAUAUCUGAAAUCAUACAGGAA